AUGUCUCCAAUUUUUGGCAAUUCUUCCUCAAAAUAUCUUUCACCCAUUGUAGGACUUUUUUCCAUGCCUUCGAAACAGACUCAACCUUCUGUUUCUUCAUCGGAUGAUGUUGAUGUUGACGUUCUUAUCAAAAGUGAAAGAAAAUGUAGAAGAAAUAUUUUAAUUGAUGGAUUAGAGGUUGAAAUGUUCAUUCAUCCGCCAAUUCACGUAUACCAUCUGCUUACAAGUGAUCCGAAUGGAAUUCAUUUACGUUGUUACACAUUUGGUCGCGUCAUUUAUGAUCCAAACAAUUUAUUCCCACAAUUACAACGUAUAGCCAAACUUCGUUGGGAAAAUGGUCCACCAGUAUUAGAAGCUAAAGAUUAUUGGAGACCACGAUAUGAAAUUGCAGAUUUAUUACGUGAUUUGGAAGAUUGUGAUUUUGUAAAUGAUGAAGCUACUGCUCAUUUUUUAUUGGUUAAAUUAGUCGAAAGAUUAGUAAGAAUACAAGGUUGUACUACAACUUAUUCUCUUGUCAAUGUAAAUUAUUAUUUUCAUAACUCUAAUAUAUUUUAUUGUUCUUUAAAAAAAGAACGUUUAUAUCAACGUUGGCCUGAAAAGUUGAAACGUUGUUGCCAAACUUGGGAAUCAUGGGAUGCUGUUGGAGGACGACUUGCUAAACAUGCCUUAAAUUCCAAUGUUAAAUGGAUCGAACGAAUAAGAUGUUCUAAGGAAUUGGCAAAAUAUGUGUUAGCACCUAUUGGUGGUGUUAUGCCAAUAGAAUGGACGAUGGAUUGGGAAGAAAUACCUGAUGUUGAUUUGCCCUAUGAUCCAUUAAUAUUGCCUAAAAUAGAGAGUAUUGUAGAUGAAUUUGAUGAAAAGGUAAGCAUGCCAUUAAAGAGUACUACACCAGCAUCAACCAUAAUGGAAGCACUAGACCGUCUUGAAGAGCUAAUUUAUCAUUUAUUAAAGUCUAAUGAUGUCCAUAUGGUAGCCCUCUCGGCCUAUGUUUCUUCAGCUACGACAAGUUUCUUCAAUUCCGAGUCAUUUAUUGCAAGAUUGUAA